UAUUUUCAGCUGAGAGAAAGUUUCGUGUUGUUAUUGUUGUUGUUGCUGGAGCGCGUACAGUUAUCCGCUUGACUUGGUGCAGGGGCGGAAGCCCUAGUUGUGUUGCCCCCUUGUUCUUGUUGCUGUUGUCGCUGGAAAUCGUUAAAAAGCAUAGAAAAGUUGCGACUAUGUCACGAAUCGUCGACUAAAAACCACGCUAGAAGAGCAAAGAUAGAUCUUUAUACCAAGUCGCAGCCCAGUUGGCACUCAGGAUACGCAUGGACAAAGGCACAAUGAAGCGCAAGCAGCGUCGAUACAGAACCACAUUCAACACACUGCAGCUGCAGGAGCUGGAACGCGCCUUCCAGCGCACUCACUAUCCGGACGUAUUCUUUCGCGAGGAGCUGGCCGUGCGCAUCGAACUGACUGAGGCACGCGUUCAGGUCUGGUUUCAGAACCGUCGAGCCAAGUGGCGCAAGCAGGAGAAGCAGGGCGGCGAGUAUGAGAAGGGCGCCGGACUCGAGCUGGAUGUGGCAUUCGAUGAUAGCGCCGUGCUGGGUCAACUGGACAGCGCACUGGCUGGCGGGGGCACGCUGCUGCCGGACACGCCGCCGCAGUCUUCCAAUUCGCUGGACAACGAGCUGAAGGCGCCAUUUGGCACAGGCUGUGUCUCGCCGUCCAGGCUGUCGCCCAACAUCUUUCUCAAUCUGAACAUUGAUCACUUGGGCCUGGAGCGUGGCGGCAGCGGCCUGUCCAUGGAGUGGUCCACUUACCCGCCGUCCACAAGCGCCGCGCAUGCCACACAUCAGCACCAGCAGCAGCAGCAGGAGCAACAACAGCAGCAGCAGCAACAGCAACAAAUGCAGCAACAGUCGCAUCAGCAAUCGGAACAGCAACAGGUCUGCACGCUGCAGCAUCAGGCGCUGGCAAGCGCCUUCGGCGCCUCUCUCGAUCUGGAUCUGAACGAAGGCUCCUCGGCCUACGAUGAGAUGAAGUUUCUCAGCGUGGAUCAGUUCACGAUCGACAGCUUCAAGGCGGACUGCAUACUCAGCAUGGAGCACAGCCUGGCGCUGGAUGACAAGCAGCAGCAGCCGCAUACACUGAUCAAUUCGACGACCUUCGAGUCGCAGGAUAAUGCUGCACUGCAUUCACUGUGCCUCGACGGCAUGGGCGUUGGCUUCGGCGGCCUCUCACUGCUCUCCACCCACGUUGCGGACAUUGCGGCUGAAGCGGCACCCAGGUCGCCGCCCUCGCUGCUGGUGCUAGACAAGACGCUGCCCUCGCUGAGCAUCGGCGUGGAUGGCAUCAGUGAGCUGGUGGAGCAGCUACAGCAGCAUCACCAACAGCAUCAUCAUCAUCCGCAUCAGCAUCAGCAUCAGGAUGUUGGCGUGGGCGGCAGCGACAUAGUCUAAUCGCAAAAUUUUUGAUUAAGCUAGACGAAUUCAUUAAGCAUAGUUCAUGUUGUACGAUUCUAGCUAUAAUUAUGGAUGCAUAUGCUCUUUUCAAUAUGCGAUGGGAGUUAACUUGAUAUCCGUCUAAAGUGGUUUGCAGCGCAGAGAGUUCUAGUGUUAACAAGAUAUUCUAUAUACUUGAUAUAUAUAAUGAGAUUAUAUUCCUCUUUCG